AUGACCAAAGAUCAAGAAAUCAAGAAAUCAGGAUCAGAAUCAACUAUGGUUGAAGAUACUACAGAAUUGUAUGUGACUAUGUCACAAGAUGAGAACAGGAGAAUUGUGGUUCACUUCCACAUUUCUAUGCCUUCCCCUGGCACAGCAAAUGCACCUUGGUUUGAUGGCAGAGAUGCUAUCUUGUUUAUUGAAAGAUUUUAUCAAAUGUGCAAGAAUCAUGGGGGGCUGCCUGAGAAGCUCCAGAAUAAGAUUAUUGACAAGGCAAAGCUCAAUCUUUCAAACAAUAUGUCAUCUAUUGAUUUUAGGAAGAUUGUUCAAGUGACCAUGGAUUUGAUUGACCAGUAUGUAGGGAAUAAGAAGGUCUUUAAAGAAGAUGAAAUGAAGCAGAAGGAAAUGGAAAAGCUUGGUGAGUCAUAUCAAUUAGCUAACAAACUCCCUACAGUUGAGGCUCUAAAGAGAACAGCUAGUUCUGUGAAGACUGAAGAAUCUGAAUCAAAAUUCAAAGCCAAGAGUUCUGAGAGCACCAAUAUUAAAGCUGCAAUUGAAAAGAUGACCAACAAGUUUACAAAUUUAGUAUUGGCCAUAAGAGUACAGUCAAAUCAGAUACAAGGAAAUUCCAAUCAGUACUAUAUGCUGCAGAGAGAAGGGCCUCCAAAACCCAUACCAAAUUAUACAACAAAUGUGACUACUAAUUUUGCAACUGUACAAGAGAACACCCAACCACAAUUAGUCAAUUCUUAUGUGGCUCAAAAUGGUUCACCAAUGACAAGCUAUCAUUCUAGUGGCCAAGAAGGAGCUUGA